UGAGUAAUUAUUUGGCGACGAAGUUUGGUCAUCGUUGUGUUUCAUCAAUCGGCGGGUUCUUGUCCGGAGUUUCUAUGAUGGGUGCCUUCUUCAGUCAAUCAGCAAUGACUCUCGGAAUCUCAUUCUUCUUUACAGGUCUUUUUUCGUCACCGUUACGUCAGAGUUCAACUGUCAUGCUGCGUGAACACUUUGGGGAAAAGUAUGGGAUGGCCAUAACCUUCUCUCAAAUGGGAGGCCAGAUUGGAGGUGUCAUUUUACCUUAUAUAUCUGCGCAGUGUCUGGACGCAUAUGGCAUGAGGGGAGCCCUACUCUGUUUAAGUGGUAUCUUUUUCUACCACGCAGCGAUUGGAGCCACUUUUAGAGCGCCUCGGUCACCUAUAGUCAAAGAAAAGAAGGAUAUCGAGGGAUCUACUCUACUGCAAGGUCAAGAAGAUGAAACCUAUCUUCGAGAGAACAACCUUCGUGAAAGUCUUAGUACUUACGAGAAUUCCAGGGAUGAAUGUGGGAUCCUAAAAGAUGUGGAACCUCGGAAAUCAAAUUCGACAAGAAACUUGAUAGUUGAUUUUUUAUCAUGGAUUUUACCUGUGGAUUUCCUGAGAGAGGAACGCGUCUUCAUCUUUCUCUUGAUCCCCUGUCAUAUCCUUAACGAAAUAAGUUUCUUCACUUGGGUAAUAUUCUCCCCAUCGUAUGGAGUGUCAGUUCGUCUCGAUGAGAAUGAAGCAGUGUAUCUCCCAAUAGUUGGUUCUUUGGGCGGAUUCAUUGGCCGCCUGGUUCUCAUAGGAAUUCUGUACAAACAUCCUAACCUAGCACCUCACGCAUUUUCAGUCAACGCAGCAGUAUCAUCAAUUGCAAUGUUCGCCCAUCCUGUUAGCUCAUCCUUGGUUCAUCUCCUGAUAUGUUCCUUCUUCGCAGGGUUCGGGUUUUAUGGUCUCACUUCUUCCUACUACGCUACUUUAGCUUUGAGAUUAAAGAAAGAUAACUUUCCCAUUGCCUCUGCGAUCACUUUUAUGACGAGUGGAGUCGUACUUCUUCUAUCUGGAACACUUGCAGGUCUGUUCUAUGAGCACUUCGGCUCUUUUAAAACCAUCUUCAUAGCGAUGGGGGUGGUUUCUGUGAUAAGUUGCGGAGUGUUUUCUAGUUACUCCUUCGUUGACGCAAGAUUAAAACGGCGCUCCUCCACGGAGAUCGCGGGAUGACGUCACUGGGAGUAAACAUCCGAACUGCGAUAGUGCUACCGGCGCACCGCGCCGUACUACCGGUUGCAAGGGCCUAAUCACAACUGGCAGGCCAUAGAUAUUCAUUCGAGCCAACCCAUU